GCGGCGGCAUGCGGGGCCGAGGCCGGGGCCGGGGCCAGGACCGGGACGCGGGCGGCGGCAUGGCCGCGGCGGGGCCGCACCAGCGCGAGCUCCUCGCCUUCAUCCACCACCACCUGCGCCAGGCCGGCUUCGCCCGCGCCGCCCGCGAGCUCCAGCGCCAGCUCGGACAGAAAGAGUUUCCUUCGCUGCCGACCUCUCUCGAGGAGAUCUUCACCCACUGGAAGAAGGCUCCCCCAAACACCAAGAAGCGAAAGGCAGCUGAUGGGGCAGGAGCCGUUCUGGAGAAGAAGAUCCGCGUUCCGGACCCCGUGAGCAGCUCUGAAAGCUCGGAGGAGGAGGAAGGGACGGCGGCGAAAGCUGCGACGGCUGCCACACCGGUUAUCCCCAACUCCGCAGUGAAGACAGAGAGCAGCGAGGAUGAAUCCUCCUCUUCAGACGACAGUGCUGUGGCUGGAAGGGGAGUCGAGGUGAAACCUGCUCUUGCAGGUGGCAAGGCUACGAACUCUGUGCAACACGCCACCCCCAACAAAGCCAGCACCCCUGCGGGUAGACCGGGGGCUGCAGCCACCAGUCGGAGCAAAGCCAACAAGCUAAAACCUGAUGCGCCAGCUGUUGCCUUGACUCCAGCCAAAGCUGGGCAGAAGAAAGCUGCUCCUGGUAAGCCAGGGCCCGUUGCAGCAACUCAGGCCAGAGGUGCCCAGAGCAAAGCAGCGGCAACAGCAAAAGCAACAGAGAGCUCCGAGACCAGCGACUCAUCGGAGAGUGAGGACGAGAAGCCAGGAGCACAGCUCCCAGCCCCCAAAAUCGAGCUGAAGCCGACCGCAGCGGAGGCAAAAAGCAGCGAGGACUCCAGCGACGAGACAUCCUCUGAAGAGGAACACAAGCCCCCGGCCGCCCUGGUGAAACCAGCUGUGAAAGCAGCACAGACCAAUGCAACUCUGACGAAAAGCACGCCCGUCACUCCAGCGUCAACCACAAAGAGCCCAGGGAAAGGGUCCGCCCUGUCUCAGCGGAAGCCCGCAGCUGUUGCAACAAGCCAGGCCAAAUCGGCAUCUGUGAAGCUCACGAGUCCUGCACAAGCUGCUGGGAGCGCAAAGCCGGAAGACACUUCAGAGAGCAGCAACUCUUCUGAUAGCGAGCACGAGGAACCCACAUCCAUAGUGCAGGCGAAACCAGCUGUGAAAGCAGCACAGACCAAUGCAACCCUGACGAAAAGCACGCCCGUCACUCCAGCGUCAACCACGAAGAGCCCAAGGAAAGGGUCCGCCCUGUCCCUGCGGAAGUCUGCGGCUGUCACAGCCAAAUCGGCACCCGUGCAGCUCACGAGUCCUGCACCCGUGCAGCUCAUGAGUCCCGCACAAGCUGCUGGGAGCGCAAAGUCAGACGAUGCUUCAGAGAGCAGCGACUCGUCCGACAGCGAGGGCGAGGAACCCGCAUCCGCCGCGCAGGUGAAACCAUCUGUGAAAGCAGCACAGACCAAUGCAACCCUGACGAAAAGCACGCCCGUCACUCCAGCGUCAACAACGAAGAGCCCAAGGAAAGGGUCUGCCCUGUCCCUGCGGAAGUCUGCGGCCGUCGCAGCCAAAUCGGCACCCGUGCAGCUCACGAGUCCUGCACCCGUGCAGCUCACGAGUCCUGCACAAGCUGCAGGGAGCGCAAAGUCAGAUGAUGCUUCAGAGAGCAGCGACCUGUCCGACAGCGAGGACGAGGAACCUGCAUCCGCCGCACAGGUGAAACCAUCUGUGAAAGCAGCACAGACCAAUGCAACCCUGAUGAAAAGCACGCCCGUCACUCCAGCGUCAACCACGAAGAGCCCAAGGAAAGGGUCUGCCCUGUCCCUGCGGAAGUCUGCGGCCGUCGCAGCCAAAUCGGCACCCGUGCAGCUCACGGGUCCUGCACCCGUGCAGCUCACGAGUCCCGCACAAGCUGCUGGGAGCGCAAAGUCAGACGAUGCUUCAGAGAGCAGCGACUCGUCCGACAGCGAGGACGAGGCACCCGCAUCCACCGCACAGACCAAAUCGCCUGCAAAAUCUCUGCAGGCCAGCCUGACGCCGGCGAAAAGUGCGCCAGCGGCUCUGCUGUCCAGCAAGGCCACUCCAGCCCUGGCAAAGCAAACACCUAAACCAGCUGUACUAAACCAGGCCAAACCAGUGCCUGGGAAGAACAACACCCCUACAAAGGCUGCUGUGAGCACGAAGCCCCAAGAUAGUUCAGAGAGCAGCGAUGAUUCAGACAGCGAGGAUGAGGCUCCCCCUGUGCCGAUAAGCCAGAAGAGGCUGCCAGCACCGCUCGCGUCCCCCAGCAAGCUCGGCCAGACUGCGAAAGCCGGGACUCCUGUGAGAGCCACUGGAAGCACCUUGACGGGCAAAGGCUCCGAGAGUGAGAGCAGUGGUUCGUCAGACAGUGAGGCGGAAGAGACCCCCGCGGCUCUGAAACAGCCUCUGAAAGGCAUAAUGAAGACGGGUGCUGCAGCACUGCCAACCAGUAGUAAGAAGGCCCAGCCUCCUGCAACACCUCUCCCGAAAGCCCAAGGGGCUGCAGAGAGCAGCGACGAUUCCAGCGAGGAGUCUGACUUGGAGGAAGACACGCUGACCUUGGCGCAGAAACUGGUUCAGGCGAAACCCAAACCAGCAGCGGCUGCCCCAGCAGCGAAGACGGCAAACACCGUGGCUGUGAAAGCCAGCACCUCGCGGAAAGGGGCAAACGCAGCAGCCCCCAGCCCUGUAAAGGCCGCCGUGACGCUCUACCAAGCAGCAGAGACCUCGAGCUCGGGUUCCUCGGAGAGCGAGGAGGAAGCGAAGGCCACGAGCCAGCCCCUUCUCCCCUCCUGCUUGAAGCCAGGGACUCCUUUCGGUAAAGCAGCCACCCCUGCCAAGAAGGGUCCUCAAGGAAACGCUGCCCCACCAAAGAGCACGUCCGCCAGGGGCAAAGGCCCUGUUGCAACCCCAGGAAAAGCAGUUCUCCCCGCUGCAGACAAGGCCAAACCGAGCCCGGUUGCCCCCCCCGGGGCCAACAAAGGAAAGGAUAGCUCGGACAGCAGCGACUCCUCGGAGAGCGAGGAGGAGGAAACAGCCCAGCCGCUCCCAAAGCCUGCAGGCGCACCCCAGAAGCCGGGGAGGAUAAAUGAAGCCGAGAGCUCAUCCUCUGAGUCCAGCGAGGAUGAGGAGCAGCCUUCACAGUCCCUCCUAGCAGGGUAUCCCGGCCUGAUGAAAGCCACCGUGACUUCAGAAGUACAGAAGGCAGGGAAAGCGGCUGCGGUUGCGGCUCCAGCUCCAGCUGAUGCCCUUGGGAAGGCAGCCCAGGCUGACAUCUCCGCGAGCGACAGCAGCAGCGACUCGGACACAGAUGUCGAGAAGACCCCGGCCCCACAGAAAGUGGGAGGAAAGCCGCUGUCGUCUUCUGGGCAAGAACCUAUCACGCCAAAGGUGGCUUCGGGCAAGGCAGCUGCAGCAGGGAAAGGGGGCCAUGGAGGUGCCAUUUUGAAACCUGCCCUUGCCAAGAAAGCCCUGGCAGCACCGCAAAACGACAGCGCUUUGAAGGGGACGCCAACAACCAUGUCCCCCUAUGCCUUGCUGUCUGUAUCCCCCUCAGAUGGGGAGAGCUCCAAAAGCGAGAGCGAAGACGAGGCUACCACAGCCGCCAAGGUCCCGGCUGGCCCAGCUUCAGGGGAGCCGGAGGGGAAGAAGACAGCGAGCAAACAGAAAGCCAAGGGGGCACCAGGCAAGGCUCCGAAAACACCCCAGAGCGGUGACAAGGAGAAUAAGAAACAGAAGAAACCCUCACUGAAGCGGAAGCUGGAAGCGAAGGAUGGAGGCCUUGGUGCCACGGGCGCGCCCAAGGAGAAGAAGCGAAAGAAGCAAAGCGGCCUCGAACCACCCAAGAAGAAGAGCAAAAGGGCAGAUGGUGCCAAGAAGUCACUGGGCAGCAAGGAGAAAAAGAAAUCCAGCAAAAAAAAGAAGGCUGCAAAAGACAAGAAGAAGAAAAGCAAGAAGUCUUCUGGGCUGGAGCUAGGUGCAGAUGGCUCUUCUGUCCACAAGAAGAAGAAAAAGAAGAAGAAGAAAACCUCUGAGCUGGCGGGAUCCUUGUGAGGAGCGCUGCCUGCCCCGUGACUGCCGACGGUGAAUGAAUGGAGAAGCGUGGAAGUCGGAAAAGGGAAGCCCAGCAACAUGAAAACUGGUUUUUUUUGUUUUUUUGGUUUUUUUAAUCCUUUAAACUUCUAAAUUGUAAUUUAUAAGGUCUUUUAACUGUGACUUGUAGAGCCGAGUGUUGCAACUCUCUGCCACCAACGCUUGGCUGGGGACAGAAGAAGAAAAGCUGGAUGUCUUUUGUCCCAUUCCCGAAGGCCCCCGUCAGCCAUUGCACUAUUCCCAGAGAAGGAAGCAGCCCUUGAGAAGGACGAGUAGUGCUUCCCCCUCGCAGAGGAGACUAUGGCUUCCCCUUGCUGAGAGGAUGAUGCAGCUGUCUCGCUCCCCCCCUCCUCGCCCCAGAGCUCUAUUUUUCAGAGGCAACUUCCACUCCUUGUGCGAGGGCCGCGUCUGUCUUUUUUGCUACCUACUGAAACACGGUUCUUUUUUGGGUUCACUUUUUAUUACAACUAAAAACAAAAACGAGAGUUCA